AAAAAAUGCAACUCAAGACUCUUCAGAAGCUGGAGCUGCCGGCCGCAGCGGACAUGCACGUCCAUUUGCGCCAGGGCGAGAUGAUGGACGUGGUGGUGCCGACGCUGGAGCAAGGAGGGGUUGACACUGCUUUUGUCAUGCCGAAUCUUGUGCCUCCUUUGACAACCGUUGACCAAGUCAUCGAGUACCAAGGCAAGCUCCGUGCUAUUGCCCCCAAUGUCCAUUUCCUCAUGUCCCUCUAUCUUCAUCCCUCAGUCACACCAGAGACGAUAGAGAAGGCAGCCCAAGCUGGAGUUGUCGGUGUCAAGUUGUAUCCCCAGGGCGCAACCACCAACUCUGAGCACGGAGUGGCCAACAUUGAAGCCUUUUACGAUACUUUUGCCGCCAUGGAAAAGCAUGAUCUUGUGCUCAACCUCCACGGAGAGGUCUUGGAGGCUUUGGCUCCGGAGGGCACAACUCUCGAAGAAGCCUUUCUUCCCACUCUCAAGCAGCUCCAUGAGAGGUUCCCAAAUCUGCGCAUCGUCUUGGAACACUGCACCACAGCGGCUGCCGUAGAGGCAGUCAAGGCUUGCGGAUCCAACGUUGGAGCAACCAUUACCGCUCAUCAUCUUUACCUGACAGAGGCCGAUGCCUGCUGCGACCCCUUUGCAUUCUGCAAGCCCAUCCCAAAGAAGCCCACCGACAGGGAUGCCCUCCUCAAGGCCGCCGUCAGCGGCAACCCCAAAUUCUUCUUCGGAAGCGACAGCGCUCCUCAUCCAAUCACCUCAAAAACCUCCUCUGCCCAGGGCAAGGCACCGGCCGGUGUCUUUACGCAACCUUACGUGACGCAGCUCGUGCUCCUGGGAUUGGAAGAAGGGGUUGAGCGGGGUAUCAUCAGUGAAGAGGACUUGACCCAGGAGAAGCUCGAGGGAUUCCUCAGCAAGUUUGGAAGACGCUUCUACAAGCUGCCCGAAACCUCUGGAAACUCCCUUUUGCUGGAGAGAAAGGGUGAGAAGAUUGCACCGAGCGUCAAGAGCGAGAGCGGAUCUGUAGAGGUUGGCGUUUCGAGAGCAGGCGCCGAAGUGUUUAGUCUGACGUGGGUGAGAAAGGCAUGAGAUGUCAUGGAUUAGUUUACAUGACAGGGGAGAAGGAAUUGGUAGAGGUAGAGAGACGCUUCGCAGCUCUUAUUGAAUACUUGCGCGGAAGACUCCGAAAUUCGAGCUACAAGCAUUGCGGAGAAAUCGGGUAUUGCGGAGAAAUAGGGAUAAAUCUUGGCGGCGAUCGAGCCCGUGAGCCAUGGCGAUUUGAAGCUCGGUAGCAGACUUGAUAGCAGGGUGUAGCAUCAAGGUUAAAAUGAUAUCAAGACAUACGGCGCCGUGACCUCCUUUCAUGGGGGG